AUGGCCAUUGCGGUCACUGCAGCCUCAGCAGCCGCGCUUAGUUCCUAUAACGUCGACCCCAAUAGCAUCUCAGUGUCCGGUCUCUCCAGUGGGGGAUUCAUGGCAGCUCAGCUAGGCGUGGCAUACUCUGAUAUCUUUACUAAAGGAUUUGGGGUCUUUGCUGGAGGCCCAUACGACUGCGCUCGCAACCAAUAUUACACUACCUGCAUGUACAACGGGAAACCAUCUAUCUCGACUCCAGUCUCAAACAUGAAAUCUUGGAGUGGAAGCAAAAUUGCGGAUGUGAACAUCCUUGACCAGCGAAGGGUGUACAUGUGGGUAGGGUCGUCCGACAGCACUGUCGGCCCUAAUGUCAUGGAUCAACUGCAGUCCCAGUUGAGAAACUUUGUCGAUUCCGCAAAUAUCUCCUAUGUUAAGACUAGUGGUGCUGCCCACACGUUCCCAACCGAUUUUAAUGGCUCUGGAGAUAACUCUUGCGGCUCAGCAACCUCUCCUUAUAUCAGCAACUGUGACUAUGAUGGGGCCGGUGCUAACCUACAAUGGCUUCACGGCACUUUGAAUGCUAAAAACACAGGAAGCUUGUCUGGGUCAAUUGUUCCAUUCGAUCAAACUGGGUCCUAUGGUGCCAGUGGUAUGGGUACAGUUGGAUAUUUAUACGUCCCCCAAAGCUGCAAGAGCGGUUCCAUAGUCUGCUCACUACAUGUCGCCUUGCAUGGAUGUCAGCAGUACUAUGGUAAAAUCGGCUCGAAGUUUGUUGAGAACACCGGCUACAACAAGUGGGCGGAUACUAAUAAUAUGAUUGUACUGUUUCCCCAGGCAAUUUCGGAUAGCUCAUCUCACGCAGUUUGGAACGGUGGUGUGCUUCCCAACCCCAACGGCUGUUGGGACUGGGUUGGGUGGUACGGCCCUGAUGCUGACCAGAUUGGAGGGGCCCAAAUGGCUGCUCUCAUUAACCAAGUGAAGAAAAUUGCCAGCGGUUAUGAGGGUAGCAGCGGGUCAACAAGCAGUACCUUAUCGACAUCCGCCACUACCACGUCCCAGAUCACUAUUUCGACCACGAAAACAACGUCCACCACAGCCACUUCUACAGGCACUGGUUCUCUUGCUCCCCUGUACGGUCAAUGUGGCGGUAUAGGCUGGAGUGGCCCAACAGCAUGUGCUAGUGGGGUUUGUACAUCGUACACCUCCUAUUACUCGCAAUGCUUGCCCUCUCUUAAUUAGCGAGUACGAGGAAGCCAUAUCACGGAUCCAUUAGCGAGGAGACGUAAAUUGGCUCUUUUAUUCAGUGAGAUUAGUACCUGCCACAGCCGAGGUUGCUGAAACAUCGAGAUAGACAUGUAUCUCAUUUCAAACUCGCAGUUCAUGUACUUAAUGGCAUUCUUUUUCCAUCCUUCACAUCAACAAGCUUUUUGUCGCAUUCCCGCGCACCAGCAAUUGUAGUACCUACCAAGCGACAGUUGGAGAAUGAUAGUAAUAGC